UUGGAACUACAGUGGACUCGGGCUGGGAUUUUCUGACGCCGUAUGUUUUUCCUUAAAUAUUUCUCUACAUACGUUGUCGGGGUUCGUCUACCGAGCGCUACCGGCGCCGUAAGCGGCAGUGGAAAUGAUGAACUCCAGUGUCGACCUGUCCCGGCGGAAUCCGCAGGAGGAUUUCGAGCUGAUCCAGCGGAUAGGAAGCGGCACAUACGGAGAUGUGUACAAGGCUCGUAAUGUAAACACAGGAGAACUGGCUGCUAUCAAAGUCAUCAAACUGGAACCGGGUGAGGACUUUGCCGUCGUCCAGCAGGAGAUCAUAAUGAUGAAGGACUGUAAACACUCGAACAUUGUUGCCUAUUUUGGUAGUUAUCUCCGGAGAGACAAGCUCUGGAUCAGCAUGGAGUACUGUGGAGGAGGUUCUCUGCAGGAUAUCUAUCACGUAACCGGCCCUUUGUCAGAGUCACAGAUAGCCUACAUGUCACGGGAGACCCUGCAGGGUUUGUACUACCUUCACAAUAAAGGCAAAAUGCACAGGGACAUUAAGGGAGCGAACAUCCUCCUGACAGACAACGGCUAUGUUAAACUAGCCGACUUCGGUGUAUCAGCCCAGAUCACCGCCACUCUAGCGAAGAGGAAAUCUUUUAUUGGAACUCCUUACUGGAUGGCGCCUGAAGUAGCAGCCGUCGAGAGGAAAGGAGGCUACAACCAGCUGUGUGAUAUCUGGGCUGUGGGCAUAACUGCCAUCGAGCUGGCUGAACUCCAGCCGCCCAUGUUCGACCUGCACCCCAUGAGGGCUCUGUUCUUAAUGACAAAGAGUAAUUUCCAGCCUCCUAAAUUGAAAGAUAAACUCAAAUGGACAAAUAACUUCCACCAUUUUGUCAAACUUGCCCUGACCAAGAACCCCAAAAAGAGGCCCACGGCUGAAAAACUACUACAGCAUCCCUUCGUGUCCCAGCCUCUCAGCCGGACGCUGGCCAUCGAGCUGCUGGACAAAGCCAACAACCCCGACCACAGCACCUACAACGACUUUGACGACGACGACCCCGAGCCAGAGUCUCCGGUCUCUGUUCCUCAUCGUAUCCGCUCCACCAGCAGGAGCACCAGGGAAGGAAAGACGCUGUCUGAGAUUAACUUUGGUCAGGUGAAAUUUGAUCCCCCCUUAAGAAAGGAGACAGAACCUCAUCAUGAACCGUGUGAUUCUGAGCCCUAUCUGGACUGUGUUGAGGAGCUCUACUAUACCGCGAGAUCUAAUCUGGAUCUGCAGUUGGAGUAUGGCCACGACUCACCAAGUCUGCUGGGAGGAAAUAAGAGUCUUCUCAAAUCUGUGGAGGAGGAGCUGCAGCAGAGGGGCCAUGUGGCACACUUAGGGGAUGAUGAGGAUGAGGAUGAUGAUGGUGCAGAUGAUGAUGAAACUCACACUCACAAAUCCAGCACCAUCAUGAGGCCAAAGGUCCCGCCUCCGCUUCCUCCUAAGCCCAAGUCCAUCUGCUCGUCCCAACAGCAGCCAAAACAGGACGACAGCCAGUCGCACAGCGAGGACGACGGCGGCGGCGGCGGAGGAGGAGGGACCAUCAAGCGCUGUCCGGCCCCGGAGACGCCGAGCCCCGCCCGGCCGGCCUCCAACGUCCCCCCGCGGCCGCCGCCCCCCAAGCUGCCGCCCCACCGCCGCAGUAGCCUAGGUAACGAGAGCCCCAAGCGCAACGACGUGGAGCACUCUGCCCCAGAGGAUGAUGGGAGCUUUAGGCAUUUCUGGGAGUGGCUCCACACGCCUCACACAGAGGAGGAGCUGGAGGAGGCGUGGGAGGUGCUGAAGGAGGUGAAGGAGGAGCAGGAGAAAGAGGAGGAACAGGAAGCGAGUAAUGGACUCAACUCGCCCCACAAUGGCGAGCGAGACAGUCCAGCAGACAGGCAGUCCACAAUGCCCCCUAGUGUCCCCAUACGGAAAGACAGGAAGGACGUUCCGAAGCCGAUCAGUAAUGGUCUCCCUCCAACGCCCAAAGUCCAUAUGGGUGCGUGUUUCUCCAAGGUGUUUAACGGCUGUCCUCUGAAGAUCCACUGCGCCACGUCGUGGAUCAACCCCGACACCAGAGACCAGUAUUUGAUAUUUGGAGCUGAAGAGGGAAUCUACACGUUAAAUCUCAAUGAGUUACACGAGACCACGAUGGAGCAGCUCUUCCCUCGACGGUGUACUUGGCUUUAUGUCAUGAACAGCUGUCUUCUCUCUAUAUCUGGAAAAGCCUCCCAGCUGUACUCUCACAGUCUGAGCGGGCUGUUCGAACAGGCCCGACAGUUACAGAAGCUGCCAGUAGCCAUUCCCACACACAAGCUGCCUGAUAAGAUGAUUCCCAGGAAGUUUGCUGUGUCCAAUAAAAUUCCAGACACUAAAGGAUGCCAAAAGUGCUGCGUAGUUCGUAACCCGUACACAGGCCAUAAGUACUUGUGUGGAGCCUUCCAGUCCAGUGUCAUGCUGUUGGAGUGGGUGGAGUCCAUGCAGAAGUUCAUGCUCAUCAAGAACAUCGACUUCCCGCUGCCAUGCCCGCUGGAGGUCUUCGAGAUGCUGGUGGUCCCGGAGCACACCUACCCUCUGAUCUGCGUGGCGGUCAGUAAAGGCACCGAGCUCAACCAGGUGGUCCGAUUUGGCACCGUCAACCCCAACUCUACCUCCUCCUGGUUCACUGAAGCAGACACACCGCAGACGUGCGUGAUCCACGUCACCCAGCUGGAGAGAGACACCAUCCUCGUCUGCCUGGACAGGUGUAUAAAGAUCGUGAACCUCCAGGGCCGGUUGAAAUCCAGCAGGAAGCUGUCCGCUGAGCUCACCUUUAACUUCCAGAUUGAAUCCAUAGUUUGUCUGCAAGACAGCGUCCUGGCCUUCUGGAGGCACGGCAUGCAAGGACGGAGUUUCAAGACCAAUGAGAUCACUCAGGAGAUCUCAGACAGUACGCGCAUCUUCAGACUACUGGGAUCAGACAGACGCGCCGACGGUCGAGACACCGAGGCGGAGGAGAAAGGCCUGACUCGGCGCAGGGUGGUGGUGUUGGAGAGCCGGCCGACAGACAACCCGACCGCCCACAGCAACCUCUACAUCCUGGCGGGCCACGAGAACAGCUACUGAGAGACGCACGCACGCGCACACCGAGCCCCCGCCUCCCACGUCCCGCCAUCGCCGCCGCGGACAGAGGAGGAAGCAUCGCACUCACCCCGCCCCUCCCCCACCCCCUCCCCCUCCCCCACCCGGCCGGGAGCCGAGCAGGUGCCGAUCCUCCGCUCGCGGGCGUCAAAAGUGCACAGCAGUGUUAUAUAUGUGUAUAAGUGAAGUGUGUUGUGUUAGAGCAGCAGGCUGUGGAUCCGUUUUGGGAGUCGGGCCUCUUUUCUUAUUCUUUUCUUUUUUUUUUUUUUUUUUUCCCCUUCGUUUCUUUCGAGCUCAGAAAGUCGAGGAAAUUCCGCAUCUUUAGAAGAGCGACUCCACCUCCGAACUUGUACUGAUAUCACCCCGCCUCCCGCUGCGCCCCACGCACCGGGGGGUGAAAAAGAAAAGGAAAAAAAAAAAGAAAAAAGCUUCCAGUAUGGGAAUUUGACUUCGACACUACUUCUACUACUAGCUCCACACAUACUAGUACUACUAUUACUACUGCUACCGCGCUUCAGCUUCACAGACGGGCCGUCUUGCACAGAAAAUCCUUCUUCCUUCCUUUUCAUCGUUCAUUACUGUCUCCAGUUUUUUUUUUUUUUUUUUUCUUCGCGUCUCGUUUCAUUUUUUAACUCCCCUCUUAUUUAUUGUGGCAUGACGUAACUUUAACAGUCAGGAUGGCUUUCCUGUUUUAUUUCUUUUCUUUUUUUUUUUUUUUUUUUAUAAAAUGACUUUUAAAAACAUAAAUGAAAACCGACUAUAAAGCUUGGCCACUAUCGCUAGCAUUAAAUUCCAUUCACCACACCACACAAGUGCUUAAUUGACCUCUAUUUAAUUGUUGUAUAUAUAAAUGUAGUAUUUUUUUGACAGACGAACACUAAACAGACUGCUCGUGUAGAUAGGCGUGUGUAUAGUCAGAAACAGAGGAGCGGGCGGACACUCCGUUCCCGUGGUAGCUCCUCCACCGUGCGGCCGGCGGGUCUCCACCUCCAGUAAUCCGAUUACUCUCGUACCGGCGUGGAGUUGAGGAUCGAGCUGGGCGGACCCCGAUCGGCCAUCUUCGUUCUGCAUGCGGCGGCAUCGUAACCUCCUGCUUGCUCGCACCAUAGCGACUGUCGCCGGGGCAACAACAGUGGCGGCGUUCAUUCGUUUCCGGUUUGUGUUUCCCGUUUUCUUUUUCCGUCUUCUUUUUUUUUUUUUUAUGCUGUUUUAAUCAGACGUCUUUGUUCGAUCUUUCAACCCUUUUUUUAUUUUAUUGAACCACUGGUGUUAAGAAAAUUUGCACAGAGGAAAAAAAUGUAUUUCAUAAGCAAAUGUGAUGUCGUUCUAAUAUAUGACCUUUUGUGUGUGUGCACAGUGUGUGCAUGUGUGUGUAUGCGCGUGUAUGUUGGUAGACAUAGGUUGUGCACAUACAGGGGCAUCAUGUGCGGAUUUGAUCUUUUAAAAGGAGAGUUGGGCCGUUGAAGCAGAAAGCGGGAAAGUUGGAUGGACACAGAAAUUAAACUAGCGUUUGAUUUUCAGUCGUUUAAUAUUGAUCUCGCUUUAAGCAGCAAUAUUUCUUCAAAUUUAAAGAUUCAAACUAAACAUAUUCCCUUUUCUAGAAUGAAGUGUCUGUCUUUGAACACCAUUUUAAGCACUUCAAAUUUGGCCUUUUCUGUGCAGAUUUAUAAUAAAUAAAAUGAGGAUUCGAACCCGGUCAAGACUUAACUUUUUCAAAACUACAAAGCAGAAUAUUUGCAAUCUGUAAAGUUUAUUUAAAAAACAUGAUAGAAAUGUUUUAUGGUUUGAAAAUGGGAAAAUAUAUCACAAGUUUUUAAUCUCCAGCAGUCAAGUAGCUUUCAAAUGCUUUUUCAUUUCUGUGUAAGUCUGAACAUCUUUCUCAGUUUUAUGGAUUUUGAGGUAAAUUUCCCAUCAUCUUAUUAAAGGUCGACAUCUGUACGAGAGCGCACACUUGCAUGCAUGUCGAUACACACUGUGUGGAGUGUGUCAGAGAGAGAGAGAGUGUGUGUCUGUGUGUCUGUGUGGCCGUAUACUACCAGUCUUUACAAGCUGUGACUCGAGAAGUGGCUUCAGAGGACUUUUUUUUUAACACUAGUUUAGCUGAAUUUAUUGACUUCACACAGAAAUCUUCCACAGCUGGAGCAUUUACAGCUCAGUUUCCAGAAGCGUCUUUCGUUUUAUUGUCAUUGGAAGUGUGUGUGAGAGCGAAACCUGCAAUACACCAAACACAGAACUAAGGAAAUGUAACGACGUUCACACGGUUACUGUGGCAAAAGUGCUGCUUCUGAUUUUACCUGGUGACUGUAAUCCUUCUUCAAUGGGACACUAAUGUGUGAUAUCUCAGCUGAAUAUGAUUCAAUUUAAACUUUACUGAUAAUCCAAAUGAGACGAGACAACAGCCUGCGAUGUGCUGCUGGCUUAAUUUAUCCACCAAUAAUUGAAUGAAUUGACAAAAAGUAAAAAGAUCCAUGGUUGAGGCAGAGUUCUGCUCGUCAUGGAUCCUUAUUGAUUUCAUAUGAAUAGUAUGCUCUCCAGUCUGCCUUUUUUGGCUAAAACAAGCUGCACAAAAACUACAGAAAGUCAUUUAUUUGCAAGAAACCUAGUGUUAUGUAUCAUGACAUUUCUUGCUGAAGUGUUACGUUGUAAUAACUAUGCUGUAAUGCGAUAACAUAUCAAGAAAAUUGGGUUUUAUACGUUUGCAGUCCUCAAAUUGUUAAAGUUUUCGAUCAUUAUUAACUUAUUCUUACUGGUAUGUAUACCAUGAAAAAGUCAGCCAGUUUCCCAGCAUGCACCUGGCCCGUUCAGUCAUGCAAUACAUGUUUGUGCCACAUGAUGGUGCUAAAGAAACCCUCUGCACAGCAGCGUUGUCCAAAAAAGAAGGCAAAACUCUGGAAACUGGGUUCAAAGAGAGGCAGUAGUGAUGCAGUGUUCCAUAGUGUCCCUUUAAAGAUGGAAAAAUCUGACUUUAAUGAUGAAUCGCUGGAAAUCCUGUUUCUGCUGCCAUCUAGUGGUCUUUCUCACAUUACUGUAAAAUUUAAUUUUGUGAUCGGUUGUUACUGGAAAAAUGAGAAAACAAUUGGGCGUGUUGUCUGGAGUGUCCAGGGUGGUUCUGGAGGAAAUCGCAACUGUCUGGACCCUCAUAUUUGGGUUCUUUGAAGAAUGUAACAGCUUCCUGGUUUCUCCUCAACCCUGCGCAGUGGGAUUUCUGUCCCAAAAAGUCCAUGGUGUCAAAACUGCAGUGACAGGAGUCACUCUAAAACUCCUACAGCGUGUCCGCUGUGUGUCUCUGGGCUUUCAGAGGCGUGUUUUUGUUCGGAGUUGCCUAUAAAAGUGCACCAGUGCCCCAAUGACGGACGAAGCUACGCUCUCGCCGAAACGUGCUUCCUGCCAACAUGCAGAAAGACAGCGUCAUUUCUGAAAGAACAACACAUAGAAAUAAGAGUAAGGGUUUUAAUUGUUUUACUGUUAAAACCAAAUGAAUGAAUUUUCAAAUCCAGGCUUGAUUGAUUUUACACAUUAUAAAUAUUUAAAAUGCUAAAUUCUGCUUAUUUUAUCCAACCGGGGAAACAUGUAUCUGACAUUCCUUUUACAUUUGGGGUUUGUUAUUGUCAAUAUUUGUAGUGCAAUGCCAAAUUUUGUGGCGGAAGCUUGUUAAGGCCAUAGGGAGUGCAAGAUGUUAAAAAAAUAAAUAAGUGUGUGUGUCUAAAAGCAGCCGCCGGGCGCUUGUGAAAACUCUUCUCACUUUAUGUGGAAGUAAACACAAGUCGGGUUGUGUGUUUCUCAUAAAUGUUCACUCUUAAUGGACUCAGAAUUUUAAAUUUUCGCUGCACAGAUGAUUGUAUUUCUGAAUUCUGUGUGAUUUUAGCAGAUAGUAAAGAGAUCAUAAUAAACCAACACACUGCUGUUCUGAGCUGCGGCGACUAACAACCAGCAGAAAUACAGAAAUUCUCUCUCAACUUUCCUUUAUCCCCACAUAAAACACUACAACAGCAGCUUGAGCCUCUACUUCCUGACGGCGCCGAGAAGCCGUCACUCCCGUCUUUUAGGGCGAUCAGCGUCACUCAGUGUAGCGGCCGAUAAAUCCAGGAGCCGUUUCAAAACCCCGCCGUCUGUGAAGCAGCAGAGGUCUGUUCCUUCUGUGGAGUUCACGGCUGGAAGCGUAUUGACUGAAUUCGUGUUUUCCGGCUUCUGGAGGCUCCUCCAGGCGUCUCCGCUCCUCCUCGGGAUCACGUCGGUUAGAAGUUUCGAAUUUUCACUAAAGAGUCAAAUCAGCAUUAAUGUCACUUCUCCUGGAUCGCUUGUGAACUCCACCUGUCUGGUGCUUGGAGCAGAUGGAUGUAACCCCCUGUAGCCCCCCCGAUAGGUCACCUCUGUUCUGUCGCUGUCGUUCUUCAUCACCUGGUUUCUUUCUUUCUUUCUUUUUUUUUGUCGUCUUUUUUGUUUUCAUCAUGCGAUGCAUACAUUAUGAAAUGUACAUAUUGUAAAAUAAAAAUGGGUUUGUUUUACAUACUGUA